CAGUCUCAGUUUGUCUACAGCACAACACAGACCUAUUUCAAUAAACAUGUUCAAAUUGGUGGUGUUGUCCGCUCUCUUGGCUAUUGCCGCCGCUCGUCCAGGCCUCUUGGCCCCAGCUGUCUACAGCUCCGCCAUCGUGGGCUCCGUACCAACCUCCAUCAGCGAAAGCAGCUCCUCGAUUGUGCACAGCGCCGCUCUGGCUCCAGUCGUGCACGCCGCUCCAGUCGUACACUCCGCUCCGCUCGUUGCCGCCGCUCCGGUAGUGCACUCCGCCGCUCUGGUGCACUCCGCUCCACUCGUUUCCGCUUACGCCCACGCCCCAGCUUUGUCUGUGCAUCCAUGGUAAUGAUGAAGUGGUGGCUUGAAGCCGUAUGAGGCAGUAGACAAAUUACUGUUUAAAAAUGUUCCUGUUUUUGUUGUCCCGCAUUUCUAUGUAAAAUAAAAAUUUCUACACACAAAUUGG